AUGGUGAGAUUUUCAACUUAUUGUGAUAAAGUAUACUUUCUAGCCUGCCUUUUCUUAUAUCUUCAGCUAGCUUCAUCACCAAAAAGUGCUUUUGCUUCUGCCAAUUCCAUUGAAGCAGAAGCACUCCUCAAAUGGAAAGCUAGCUUUCAAAACCAAACCCAAAACAACCUGACCUCAUGGAUUAAUGCAAAUGAAGCCCCAUGCAAUACUUGGGUUGGUGUUUCAUGCAACUCUGCUGGAAGUGUCAACAGAUUAAACCUCACCAAUUCUGGUAUACAUGGUACUCUACUCGAAUUUCCAUUCAUGUCCUUGCCUAAUCUUGCAUAUGUUGACCUUAGCUUGAAUGAACUUUUUGAUCAAAUCCCACCUGAGAUCAAUUCCCUCACCAAACUCAUCUAUUUUGAUAUAUCCUACAAUCAAAUGUCUGGAAAAAUCCCACCCGAAAUCGGUCUUUUAACAAAUCUUCAGGUCCUUCACCAAAAUGCAAAUAAGUUCAAUGGCUCAAUUCCUCAAGAAAUAGGCCAACUUAAAUUUGUCUAUGAGCUAGCUCUAAACUUAAACAAUUUAGAGGGUUCAAUUCCUGCUUCUGUGGAUAUUGGAAACUUGAAAUUUGUUGUGACUCUAGACUUGGCCAACAAUCAGCUCAACGGAACCGUUCCCUCUUCAUUCGGCAACUUGAGCAGCCUAGAAAACCUAUACCUCCGCGGCAACCAGCUAUCUGGAUCAAUCCCCCAAGAGAUGGAGAAUCUAAUGAAGUUGACCAUACUUGUCUUGGCUACUAACCGAUUUUCUGGUUAUUUGCCUCGAGAUAUUUGUAGAGGUGGACUCCUACAAAGGUUAACUGCACAAGAGAACGAAUUUACAGGUCCAAUCCCGAAAAGCUUGAAAGGUUGCAAGAGCUUAGUCAGAGUCAGUCUCCAACGGAACCAAUUUACAAGCAAUAAUAUAUCUGAAGACUUUGGUGUCUAUCCGAAUCUUGAGUUUGUAGACCUAAGCCACAACAACUUAGAUGGCGAAAUCUCAGACAUCUGGGGACAGUGUCCAAACUUAACAACCCUUCGGAUUGCAGGGAACAACCUUACUGGGAGCAUACCAUCUAAGAUUGUCAAUGCAACUAAAAUUCAAGAACUCGAUUUUUCUUCGAAUCAUCUGGUUGGGGUGGUUCCCAAGGAUUUGGGGAGAUUGACUUCUAUGGUGGAUCUAAAGUUGAAUGGCAAUCAACUUAUUGGUUCUAUACCCUCGGGAUUUGGAGCAUUCACUGAACUCGAAUAUCUUGACGUGUCCACCAACAAGUUGAAUGGCUCAAUUCCAAGCAUUUUUGGCGAAUUGGUCCAUUUAUAUUACUUGAAUUUGAGCAACAACAAUUUCAGUCAAGAAAUUCCACUUCAGUUGGGCGAGUUAUUUCACCUGUCACAGUUAGAUUUGAGUCAUAACUCACUUGACGGCAAGAUACCAUCAGAAAUUAGCAAAAUGCAGAGCUUGGAGCAGCUGAAUCUUUCCCACAAUACUCUUUCCGGUCUCAUUCCAGCAACGUUUGAUAGAAUGCGCAGCUUGUUGUACAUAGACGUAUCCUACAAUCACUUGCAGGGUCCCAUCCCCUACAACAAAGCAUUUCAAGAUGCUCACAGCUUUGAAGGGAAUGUAGGAUUGUGCGGAAAUGUUGUAGGACUAGAAUCCUGCAAUAAGCACGUCUCAAAAAGAAAAAACAAUAGAAAACUCGUGUUUGCAAUUGUUUUCCCUAUCUUGGGAGUAGUUUUACUUGCUUUCCUUGCAAUUUUCUUCAUCAAAACAAGAAGAAAGAGAGAGCCGGAAACAAAAAAGAGUGAUAUCCAUGAUGAAGUUUUUUCAAUCUCUCUUUUUGAUGGAAAAAAAAUGUAUUUGGAGAUCAUAAGAGCAACCAAUGGUUUUGACUCCAUAUUUUGCAUUGGGAAGGGAGGAUCUGGAAGUGUCUACAAGGCAAAGCUACCAUCAGGCAGCAUAGUUGCAGUGAAAAAACUGCAUCAAAAACUUGACGGGGAGGAGACAUCGCUGAAGGAGUUCCACAAUGAAAUAAGUGCACUAAUCAAUAUACGACAUCGAAACAUUGUGAAAUUUUGUGGCUUUUGCUCAAAUUCACAGCACUCCUUUCUGGUAUAUGAAUAUCUAGAAAAGGGUAGUCUGGCUUCAAUCUUGAGGAAAGAAGACGAAGCAAAAGGAUUGGAUUGGAGUAGGAGGGUGAGAAUUGUAAAAGGCGUAGCUCAUGCACUGUCUUACCUGCAUCAUGAUUGCGUGCCGCCAAUUGUACACCGAGACAUAUCAAGCAGCAACAUUUUGCUGGAUUACGACUACGAGCCUUGUGUUUCAGACUUUGGCACUGCUAAGCUUUUGAAUCCAGACUCAUCGAAUUGGAGCUGCCUUGCCGGCACAUACGGAUAUGUAGCACCAGAGUUGGCCUACACAAGGAAGGUAACUGAGAAAUGUGACGUUUAUAGCUUCGGAGUGCCGGCACCGGAAGUGAUCAUGGGAAAGCGACUAGGCGAUUUAAUCUCGUCCAUUUCGUCUCCAUCCGAUUGUGAAAACAAGUUGCUGAAGGAUGUAUUGGACCAACGACUUUCACCUCCUACACCUGAAGUUGAAGAUGAACUGACAACCAUUGCAAAGGUAGCAAUUGCAUGCAGGCACUCGCAACCGCAGUCGAGGCCAACAAUGCACAUGGUUUCUCAGUCGUUAUCAUUUCAAACUGCAGCUUCCACUGGAGGACCAGACAUCACGCUUGAACAACUCAUUAAGAUUUAAAUUGCAUUUGACAUUGUUUGAGUUGACACGGAAGUCAGAUCUUCUUGUUUAAAUAUAUCAUAUAUGUAAUCUGUUAUAUUUGCAGGUAAAUUGAGAAUAAGAGAGGAGUGCUAGCUGGACUCGUUGAACAGCGAGUCCCACAUA